AUACCAUUUUAUGUUUGAAAAAUAUUCAAUGCGUCCGGUAAAAUGCGUCAUGUGUACGUAGUGAUCGGGAGGUACGUGCCGCGGAGGACUGCUAUAUAAAAAUGUUCGUAAUACACCCCUACAUAUCUAAUGGUAUCAGCGAAAAUCCCCCAUAAUCCUAUUCGAAUAACAUACCGGAUCGCGGCUCAAAAUGGCGGAGAAGAAAAAACACAAAGGUUUUGCUCAAAAACGAAGCAGCGUUCGGGCAGUAAGCAGUGUUCACCCAAGGCUACGAAUGUCGCUGCAACCCCUUGAUACAGAGGACACAAUGGAGAAGCUAUCCGGAUUGAAGGAUCGCACAAAAAGCGUUGCUGUAGGAAGAAAACUGUCGGCCCUUGCAAGAAUCCUGGAAGAGUUACAACUCCCAAUAGCCAGGCCUGUAACUGCUGACGAGCAGUCUUCUAGGGGUUGGUUGGACUUUGAAUACACCCACCAACUUUUUUCUUCGUUCUUUGAGACAUCACCAACCAGCGUAGCCUUCCGUGACACUCUGUUGGAUGAAGAUAUCGGCCUUCCCGUACUUCUGUACACGCGACCGACGGGCGAGCAGCUUGUCAUUUUGAAUGACAAUGGCUCGGUGAACAUGGCAGGCCUUUUGCGUCACUUGUGCAGACAGGAUGACGACAGAGAACUGUUUCAGACCCCUGCAGAAAGCCCUCUGUCUGUAGACCUCGUUAAGCGUGUCAUCGAGUCGAUGAACGAUGAGUACGAUCGCUGGGUGGCAAAAAUGCUUUUGUGUACGGACAAGUCCAGAGCACGGGUCUACCAACUAGGCAUAAAGCCUGAUCGAGCCACCAAGCUGUUGAAGUCACUGAAGGAACGGCUGGAAGAAUGGGAGAACACCAAAAUUGCAGCCUAUGACAUGACUGAUAUGAGGCUGCGCGACAGGAUCAAAAUUUUCGAGGAGAGAAUAAAGAUGACGGAACACCUGAUAGAGCAGGCCACAGGAAGGUGUAGUGCUGAGAGGGUUGGUGACCUUCAAGAACAGAAGGACAUGCUAGAGGAGUCUUUGGAAAAUGUGAGGAAUCUGAAGGGAUCGAAGACCCCAUACUACAAGCAAUGUUUCCAACAAGCGGUUCUCCGGAAGGCAAACGAGCUGGCAAAGGAGCAACGGAUUAAACAUCGAAGUCUUGGUGCCGGACCAGAAACCAAACUGGAUGAAGAAGAUGAGGAGUGGCUGACUAAGUGUAUAGAGGACAAAACCACCGUCCAUGGCCGUCGACACGAGACCGUCCUCUAUACCCACCACAGAGUAAAGAGCCGAGAUCUGCUGCGGUUGGCCAACCACAGAAGACUGCAACGUGGAGCUCCGCUGAUUCGAUCAGUGUCCACUGUUACCUCCAGGGCCAGACCAACAAACGUCCGGUCAAUUCAGGCAAAGAGACAUAAAGGGAAAGGAUUGUGGUGCUCAAAGAAACCACCAAAGACAGAAGACAGGGAUAAUGAGUGUACUCACCACCAGCGCAAGCAUGUGGCACUUGCCAAGGAGCACCUUUUCGGAAAAGAGUCGGAGGCAUCCAGGAACCAUGGUCUCAUCAUCAGCAUGGAUGACAAGGCUUACCUUCGCCCUGGGACAUCAGAGGGAUUUACCGGUGCCAGGUGCCAGAGUGUGCUACAGCCCACGGAAGAAAGCCGCACAAAGAAGCUUCCCCUACAUGACUUUCCCGAGCCAUCAGUCUACAUCACUCCGUCAGCCUUCCGGGUCAUCAGGAAGAAGCCAAAUGAUGAAGCCGGGAAAGGGAACCUCAUCUCAUCCAGGGAUUUCUCCAUGGCCGUGAUCCACCCAAAGGCAUAUGUUGGGACGAAUGGAACGACAUGGGGGUCAAACCUCAUGCGCCUGAGGCGGGAGUGCCCUGAUGAGUUCGAGGUGGUGCCAGGAGCAGACAGCACCCCAUACAGUAAGGCAGUGAGGAAGUUCUGUGGGUGGGUCAGCGACAGUACGUUUUAUUUCGUGGACACCACCAUGAAAGGUGAUGUAAUGAAGGUUACAAAGAAGCCUGACUGCCAGUUCCAGAAGUAUGAAUGCCUUCGGCUACAAGUUCUCAAGCGCCAGUGUGAACGUGCAAUUGAAGAGUGGAGAGAAGAGAAAGCAGGCCUCCCUGGCAGUGAAAUUGCAGUUGGAAGUGAAGUGUUGGACACAGUGCAGACCAUCGUUGGCAGAGCAGAAGAGUUGGCAGCUGCAUUGUCGGUUUCCACGGGAAAUCCUUUAUGGCAACGUUACUGUGAGUUUGUCGAAACCUGCAGCAACUUCUUGCAGUCCUUGAACCGCCUGCGCCUGCCACCACCUUGCCCCCAGCUACUUGAGUUAACAGAUGCAGGACCUGGCGUCGGUGUGUCCAACUUUGAAGUACGAUUCCGAGCUGCAGAAAGGGCAAGAGUCCAUUCCACCGACCUGCUCUGUCGGGUACAUCGGGCAAGGGAAGAUUCAGGGCAAAACGAGGCAGAAAGGCUCAAUGCAUCCAUGGGUGAUGCCCUUUGUGAUGGCGGGACCAUCAGGUGGCAGUAUUUCUCCCCCCUUCAUGGUCUGACUGAAGAAGAAGUCUCUACGAUGUCUACAUCAGACUUGGAAGCCCACCGACAGAAGAUGAUGGAGAAGAAUGCAUGGGCAGUGGCAGAGGAGGUCAAGCUCAGAAUUGAUCAGUCACCCGCACCUUCCAAAGGAAAGACCCAAGCAUUUCUUGUAGAGCAGCCAGAUCAACAGUUCUUCUACAAUCGAAACUACUUGUUGCAGUACACCAAGACAGCUAAGAGCCAGAGGACUUCAGUUCCUGGGCACAGCUACUUCAAGAAGAUUGAGGAGUUCGUAGAGAGGCACUUUAAGACCGGGGAACUUUACAUGGAAUAUGUAAAAGGAAGCUGUAAAGAUCUGUCAGAAGAGCAGGAGCUGUGUGACUUUUGCAUAAGCCACAACUUCACUGGACCACCUCCGUCGCCGGUCCCGCGACCAUAUCCAGACUAUGGACAGCUUCCGGACUUCCACUACCUUCCCUAUGAGAGAACACCACUUGAAGGGCGUCCUCCGGAUGACUAUCAACCAAGGGCCCAGCUUAAAGCAGCCAUCAAUAAUAAUACAGUGUCUAUUGAUAAUGCUGAGUCUAUUCACGAAUUUUCUCAGAAAUACAUUGUUCCAGAAGACAAAGUGAAGGAGUAUGUGGAGCAUAUUAAUCUUGUUCAAACAAUGAAGUCAAAGAGAGCUGUUUUGGCAGAGAAUAAGCGAAAAGCCUGUCAAGAGAAGAUGUAUGAAGAUUAUGAUUGGGAGGGUUUGUACAGAGAAGGUCUCUUGGCAAAUCUCCGUGUAGCUGAACUGGACAAGUACUUGUCACACCACAAUCUGUUAGGAAAAGGGAAAGGAAAAGUAAAAGGUAGAAAAGUUGACAUGGUUCGUGCUCACAUAGGGAAAACUGUGUGCUCCCGCCUUUUGAGUGAUGACUCGUCAGAUGAAAGUGAGGCUGAAGACGUGUCUUCUUCAGAGUCAGACAGUGACAUGUCAGAUGUAGAAGAUGAAGUUGUGUUACAGGUAGGAGCAAAUGCCAGUAGUGACAGUGACUGUGAUGCAGAUGAGGGACAAGAGAUAGGGACAGGCACAGAUGAAGUUGUAACUGUAUCCCGGUUUGGGAGGAGAAGACAGCAGAAAGUUUUAAACCCAGAUUACAUUUGGUGUUGAGCAGAAAGUUGUUAUUGUAAACACAGAUUACAUUUUGUACUUUAAGAAGCAGAAAGUUACUGUCAUCUUAAAUUUUGUUCGUAUUCAGAUGAGUAAAAACUUGCUGUUAGUCAAGACUUCAUUUUGUAUUGAGAGAAGUAGACUGUAGGUUUCAUUCUGUAAUGUAAUAUGAAAGAAGGGUAGAAGUUGUAAACCCAUAUUGCAUUCUGUUGUGAGAGAUGGAACUUGGAAGACAAACAGAAAGUUGUAGUGGUACUUCUCCAGAUUACAUUUAGUGGUACUGAACGACAAUAAUCCUGUUUGAAUAAUAAAGUGUACCCUAGUGUCUUUCCAUCUCAAA